UAUAAAUAUAGUGCCGCCCCGCAGCUCGCGCAUAAAGCAGCGCACAGUGCAGCAGUGAGACAGAAGCGCAGCGUCCAGCCGCACAUCCACACCGCAAACACGCAAACAUGGCUCUUGACAUUGAUACUUGGGACCUUGCAUAUGAAUUCAAUAACACAAGCCACCGCACAGAGCUGAAUGGCACCGAUCGCCUGAUAGUGAGGAGAGGACAGCCAUUCACCAUCAACCUCAAACUUCGCUCAGGCUCCUACGAGCCUGGAGUCCAUCAGCUCCACAUCAUAGCAGAGACAGGGCCAGAUCCUGUGGAGCAGUAUGGUACCAAGGCUGCUUUUGGUCUGAGUGAUGAUAUUGAUGAUACACAGUGGAGCGCUGCAGUAACCAGUCCACCUGGGGACAUUGUCUCCUUGUCCAUCUGUGCUGCCCCUGAUGCACCAAUCGGCCACUACACUGUGACUCUGGAUGGCAGGAUUCAGUUUAAAAUGAUACUACUGUUCAACCCCUGGUGCCCCCGAGAUGCAGUGUACAUGAACAGUGAGGAGAAUCUGAAAGAAUAUGUUUUGGCUCAGGAUGGGAUCAUCUUCAGGGGCAAUGCCAAAUAUCCCAUCCCUUCAGCAUGGUUUUUUGGCCAGUUUGAAGAAGGCAUUCUGGAUGUGUGUCUACGAAUUCUGGAUGUGAACCCUAAACACAAGAGGAAUGCUGGGAAAGAUUGUUCUGGUCGCAGAAACCCUAUUUACGUCUCUCGAGUGCUUAGUGCUAUGGUGAACAGUAAUGACAGAGAUAAUGGGGUACUGGAAGGCUGCUGGAAGCAAACUUUUGAAGGUGGAGUCAGUCCCAUGUCAUGGAGAGGGAGUGUGGAGAUUCUCAAGACUUGGAACUCCACUUCUUGUCUGCCUGUCCGCUAUGGCCAGUGCUGGGUGUUUGCUGCUGUUGCCUGCACUGUGUCUCGAGCGCUGGGUAUCCCCUGCAGAGUGGUAACUAACUACCUCUCAGCCCAUGACACCAACAGCAACCUGGUGAUUGAGCGCUAUGUGGAUGAAAAUGGCCAGCUGCUGAACACCACCAAAGACAUGAUCUGGAACUACCAUUGCUGGGUGGAGAGCUGGAUAGCUCGUCCUGAUCUGAAAGCAGGCUUUGAUGGCUGGCAAGCCAGUGACCCCACACCCCAGGAGAAGAGCGAGGGAGUGUAUUGCUGUGGGCCAGUCCCAGUGCAAGCCAUAAAGGAUGGAGAACUCAUGUGUAAGUAUGAUGCUCCUUUUGUGUUCUCGGAGGUAAAUGCAGAUGUGGAGACCUUCCUGAAGUACAAAGACGGCAGCACAAGAAAGAUCAUCAGUACUACUGAGGUUGGCCAGAAAAUCAGCACUAAGAGUGUUGGAAGUGACAAGCGAGAGGACAUUACACACCUUUACAAGUACCCAGAAGGCACUGCUGAGGAACGAGAGGCAUUUAAAAAAGCCAACCAUCAAAACAAACUUCUGAAACAGCCAGUCAACACCGGCCUCCAUGUCACCAUCAAGGUCAGCACGGAGAUGAAGAAGGGCUGUGACUUUGAUGUCUUUGCCUUGGUUACCAACCAGACGUCAGAGUUAAAGAAGUGUCGUCUGGUGUUUGCUUCCUGUGCCAUUUCUUAUGAUGGAGCCAUUGGGCAGGAAUGUGGCUUUAAAGACCUGCUCAAUGUUGAGUUACAACCUGGAGGAGAGCGGAAGGUCCCACUGAGGCUGAACUACAGUAAAUACUGCAAUGCAAUAACCCAGGACAACCUGAUCCACUUGGAUGCUCUACUGAUAGACAACAGCACCAGGGAAGGCAUUCUGGCUAUGCGCACUAUUGUCCUUGAAAACCCAGAGAUCAAGAUAAAGAUCCUGGGAGAACCCAAAGAGAACCGUCAGCUGGCUGCAGAAGUUACGGUGCAGAACACACUGCCAGAGCCUUUACAUGCAUGCUGCUUCAGCAUUGAGGGAGCCAACCUCACUGGAGGCAAGACCAUCACUGAGAGUGUUUCAACCAGUAUUGAACCUGGACAAGAAGCCAAGGUCAAAAUCUACUUUACACCCACCCAUUACGGCUUGCGCAAACUGCUGGUGGAUUUUAACAGUGACAAACUUGGUCCCAUAAAAGGGUUCAGGAAUGUUAUCAUCGGCAAAUAAAGGCUCUUGAUCCCUCCAAACUUGCUUCAGUGAAAACCAAAUGAAAGAAUGUUUCAAGCCUAAUGUGUCAUUUCUGGGCAAAUGCUUAACUUUGUGUUUGGGGGAAAAAAAAAAGUUUGCACCAAAAGCAUUUUGGUUAGCUGUAUCAAGCCAAGAUACAUUUCCAUUUUAAUCAGUAUUUAAAUCCCAACCAGGUUUGUUUUGAAUUACAUGAGGCAGUCUUUUAAAUACUUGAAGAAAUAAUGGAUGUUUUGGAAGUCUUUAAAAAAUUUGUUGUUACAGUUUACUUGUCAUAAAUCAGUCCUUGUCCCUGACACACAUCUUUGUCACUGCGACAAAUGUUUAAUUUGUAAUCAAGGCUUUUUGUUUCUUAUAUGUUCUUACAAAAGUAAGUGCCCUAUCUACAUACUUUGGAGUAUAAAGCAGAUUGAAUAAUGAAGGCUGAGAAAAUUCUCUUAUUCCCCAGAUGUUUUCGUGUGUCCUACUUGGCUAACUCAGCAUGACAUCAGUGAACUAUAUGGCCUAUAUAUCUUUUAUAUUAUUUUUUCAUAUGUCUAUGCUGCAAUGAUUCUAUAAACAUGUUGCUAUCAUAUAACAUAUAAUCCCAUAACUAAGUGCCUUAUUCUGCAGCUUUAAAUCCAGCAUUAUGCUUGAAGCUCUCUUUGUUCCUGACUGUAAAAGUGGGUAGGUUUAUAUAAGGAGGCCCAGUGCUAAAAUGUGACAGUAGAACAGUAUAUACAAAAGAUAGUAUUCUAAAGUUUUCAAUAAAAAUGCUUACAUCUCA